AUGGAAGGGAAGUCGUUUUCGUUGCUCUGGUCCUUCGACCCAAGAGCGGAAAAGGAAACCCAAAAAAGUCGGACAGGUGAACACAAAAAAACGAAACACGCCGAUGAAAUCAGGGUUUUCAAUCACCGGAGCAUGGUAGUGGGCGACGGAGAGAUCUUUCUACAUUGUAAUAAGGAGAUCGGUGGUGUUCAAUUCGAAGUUUUUCUGCUCUACGUUUCAAUUGUUCCCAAAAUGGCUACUGCAUCCAAUAUCAUAGUAGGAUCUCAAGUCUGGGUGGAGGAUAAUGAGGUAGCUUGGAUAGAUGGUGAUGUUCUUGAAAUGAAUGACAAAGAAAUAAAAGUAAAAUGCUCAAAUGGACAAGAAGUUGUUACAAAUGUAUCCCGGGUGUAUCCAAAAGAUCCAGAAGCAUCCGAAUGUGGAGUGGAUGAUAUGACAAAAUUGGCUUAUCUUCAUGAACCUGGUGUUCUACAAAAUUUAAAAAGUCGAUUCGAUAUGAAUGAAAUCUAUACAUACACAGGAAAUAUAUUGAUUGCUGUGAAUCCUUUCCAAAGAUUACCUCAUUAUUAUGAAAAAGAAGUGAUGAAGAAAUACAAAGGAGUAAAUCUUGGUGACCUGAAUCCACAUCCUUAUGCUAUUGCAGAUGCAGCAUACAGGCAGAUGGUUAAUGAGGGAAUAAGCCAAUCAAUUCUUGUAAGUGGAGAAAGUGGAGCUGGAAAAACAGAAGCAUCAAAAAAUCUUAUGCAGUAUCUUGCUUAUAUGGGAGGUCGCCCUGGAGCUGAUGGAAGGAGUGUAGAACAACAAGUCCUAGAAUCUAAUCCGGUUUUAGAAGCAUUUGGGAAUGCAAAGACUGUUAGGAACAACAAUUCAAGUCGUUUUGGUAAGUUUGUUGAGAUCCAAUUCAAUGGACAAGGGAAGAUAUCUGGAGCUGCAAUAAGAACUUAUUUGCUUGAAAGAUCACGUGUUUGUCAAGUUUCAGACCCUGAGAGAAGCUACCAUUGCUUUUACAUGCUCUGUGCUGCACCUCCUGAGGUGUGUGAGAAGUAUAAAUUGGGGAACCCUAGGACAUUUCAUUACCUUAAUCAAUCGAAAUGCUAUGAACUGGAUGGAUUAGAUGAAGCAAAAGAGUACCUUUCAACCAUUAAAGCCAUGGAUGUUGUUGGAAUAAGCUCUGAGGAACAGGAAGAUAUAUUCCGUGUAGUGGCUGCAAUUCUUCACUUAGGGAAUAUUGAGUUCACUAGAGGGAGUGAACCAGAUUCUUCUCAACCUAAGGAUGAUAAAUCUAGAUCUCAUCUGAAAACUGCAGCAGAGCUUUUCAUGUGUGAUGAGACAGCUCUCCAAGAGUCUUUCUGCAAGCGUGUGAUUGUAACUCGUGGUGAGAGCAUCACAAAAUCCCUUGAUCCAAAUUCUGCAGCUCUUAAUCGAGAUGCUUUGGCCAAAAUAGUUUACUCAAGGUUAUUUGAUUGGAUUGUGAGCAAGAUUAAUAAUUCUAUUGGUCAAGAUCCAAACUCCAAAUUCUUAAUUGGAGUUCUCGAUAUUUAUGGAUUUGAAAGCUUCAAGUCGAACAGUUUUGAGCAGUUUUGCAUCAAUCUGACUAAUGAGAAACUCCAACAACAUUUUAAUCAGCAUGUUUUCAAGAUGGAGCAAGAGUUGUAUACCAAAGAGGAAAUCAAUUGGAGUUACAUAGAGUUUGUGGACAAUCAAGACAUUCUAGAUCUCAUUGAAAAGAAACCUGGGGGAAUCCUAGCUCUAUUAGAUGAAGCUUGCAUGUUUCCAAGAUCCACUCAUAUCACAUUUGCUGAAAAGCUUUACCAAACAUUCAAAGGUCAUAAACGUUUUAGCAAACCAAAGCUAGCAAAGACAGACUUCACCAUUUGUCAUUAUGCUGGUGAUGUCACAUAUCAAACCGACUUCUUCUUGGAUAAAAACAAGGACUAUGUUGUUGCAGAACAUCAGGCACUUUUGAGUGCUUCUAAGUGUUCCUUUGUAUCAGGCUUAUUCCCACCUCUUCCUGAAGAUUCUUCUAAAGCUUCUAAGUUCAUAUCAAUUGGUUCUCGAUUCAAGCAACAAUUACAAGCUUUACUUGAGACACUGAGUCACACAGAGCCACAUUAUGUUCGGUGUGUGAAACCGAAUAAUGUUCUAAAGCCUAAUAUAUUUGAGAAUCAGAACAUAUUGCAACAACUUCGAUGUGGAGGAGUGAUGGAGGCAAUCAGAAUCAGCUGUGCUGGAUUUCCCACUCGUAAACCUUUCCAUGAAUUUAUCGAACGCUUUGAAAUCCUUUCACCUGAUGUUGUACAUAUGAGUGAUGAGGUGGAGGCUUCAAAGAUUCUGUUAGAGAAGGCUAACCUUGAAGGCUAUCAGAUUGGUAAAACAAAAGUGUUUCUGAGAGCAGGACAGAUGGCAGAAAUAGAUGCUCGAAGAAGCGAGGUUUUAGGAAGAUCAGCUUCUAAGAUCCAAAAUAAAUUUCUUUCAUAUUCUGCUUGCAAGAAGUUUACCAUGUUACGAUCUGCAGCAAUACCAUUACAAGCUUUUUGUAGAGGGGAAGUUGCACGCUCUUGGUAUGAGCGUAGGAGGAGAGAAGUGGCAUGUUUGAGGAUCCAGAAAAUUGGACGCAUGCAUUUUGAUAGAAAAGCCUACAAAUUCUUACACUCUUCAGCUAUUCAAAUUCAAAAUGGAAUGCGUGGGAUGGCUGCACGCAAAGCAUAUAAUCAUAAAAGGCAAACAAAAGCUGCAAUUGGCAUCCAGACUCGCUCACGUCAUCAUCUGGCAUGUCGUCGUUAUUUGAAGAUGAAGAAAGUGGCAAUUUAUGCUCAGUCUGUGUUAAGAAGAGACUUGGCACGCAUUGAACUUAGGAACCUUAAAAAGGCAGCAAAAGAUAGUCGUGCUCUUGAACAGGCUAAAGCUAAAUUGGAAAGAGAACACAAAGAACUCACAAUGCGAUUAGAACAGGAGGAACGCAUGAGGGCUGAGGCAGAAGAAGCUAAAAAUAAGGAAAAGGCUAUACUGGAGUCUAGUUUAAAGGAGAUGGAAAAUCAAUUGGCAGAGGUGGAGGAAGCUAAAAAGAAGGAAAGUGAAAAAAUGCAAUCUGCUUUGAAGGCUGUUGAAGUUCAAUUGGCUGAGGUGGAGGAAGCUAAAAGUACAGAAAUUGCAAAUCUGCAGACUACUUUAAAGGAUGCAGAAACUCAAUUGGCUGAAUUGGAGGAAGCUAAAACUAAGGAAACUACUCAACUACAGUCAGCUUUAAAGGAUGUGGAGGAAAAAUUUGUUGAAAUGGAGGAAGCUAAAAAUAAGGAUAUUGCAAAUCUACAUUCUGCUUUAAAGGAGACUGAAGUUCAAUUGGAAGCUAAAAAUAAAGAAUCUGCAAAACUUCAGUCUGAUUUACAAGAGAUGGAAGUUCAAGUCCAAGAAACUAAACAACUAUUAGAGUCUAAAAAGAUAGAACUCGAGCAACUUGUUGCUACUCACAAUGAGAAAGUAGAAAACCUUACUGCUGAUAAUGUGAAAUUCCAGGAAAAGGUUAGUACACUAGAACAGGAAAUUAGUGAAACACAAACAAAAUUGGAAGAAACCACAAAAUUGAGUGAAGAUAGGUUGAAGGAGGCCAUGGAAGCAGAAAAUCGGAUAAUUGAUAUAAAGAUUGACAUGCAAAGUCUUCAAGAAAAGAUUGCUGACAUGGAAGCUGAGGAAGAGAUUCUGAGACAUAAGCAACAAAGGAAUGGAGGACCUUCAAAGGAAUUUGAUAGCAACUUGACAAAUUCCACAAUAGGAAAGGAGCGUGAUUUGGUUGAUGCUCUUAUGAAAGCUGCUACACAAGAACUUGGAUUUUCUCAAGGGAAACCAGUUGCUACUUAUGUUAUAUACAAAAGUCUUUUACACUGGAAAACUUUUGAAUUAGAAAUAACAACUGUAUUUGAUCGUAUUAUCCAGACCAUUGGUUCUUCAAUAGAGAAAAAAGAAGACAUCAAACACAUGGCUUAUUGGCUCUCUUUUACUUCAACAUUGUUUUUUCUGAUUCAAAAAACUUUAAGUCCAGCUCCUCAAAAACCCCAGCAGCCAACAUCCUUAUUUGGAAGGAUGACACAUGGAUUUCGAUCAGCUUCCAUUAUUAGUAUAGUGCACCAUGUGGAGGCCAAAUACCCAGCUUUGCUUUUUAAGAAGCAACUUGCAGUUUAUGUUGAAAAAUUAUAUGGAUUUAUUCGCAACAGCUUGAAGAAAGAUUUGUCACACUUUCUUUCCUCUUGUAUCCAGGCACCAAUUACUUCAGAUGGUAAAUCUUAUCCAACUACUUAUUGGGAGAGCAUCAUUGAAAGCCUAAAUGGUGUUCUUGAUACACUAAAAGAGUUCCAUGUGCCACCUGUCAUUAUUCAAAAGGUUUUUGCUCAAGUUUACUCUUUCAUUGAUGUGCAACUCUUCAACAGUCUUGUUAUGCAUAAAGAGUGUUGUACACUUGGGAAUGGGGAGUAUGUGAAAUCAGGGUUAUCUAAAUUAGAAGCUUGGUGUACUAAGGCAACUGCAGAGUAUGCAGACUCAGCAUCGGAUGAACUUCAGCGUGUAAGACAGGCAGUUGGAUUUCUGGUUAUAGAAAAGAAGUCUAAAAUCACAUAUGAUCAACUCACAACUAAUAUAUGUCCUGUUCUAAGUAUUCAACAAAUUCACAAAAUCUGCACAUUCUAUGCAAAUGACAAUGAAGGAAGCAAUAGCGUCCCCCAAGAAGUUAUUUCCAAGUUCAAAGUUCUAAUGCAUGAGGACACCGAAAGCCCUGAUAGUGACUCCUAUUUGUUGGAUGACAAUUCUAGCACUCCUUUCCCAGUUGAGGAAAUUAGUAAAUCAAUAAAUGAGAAAGGUUUUUCAGACAUGAAACCUCCAAAUGAACUCCUUGAAAACCCUGAGUUUCAGUUUUUAAAGGAGUAGGGCUCUGUGGUUGUGGCUGCUUUUAUUUAUUAAUUUUUUUGGUUGGAAGGACACACAAACACACACACACACGCGUGCGUAUUCAUGGGAAAAGAUUUCCCUUCCCAAUCCAAAGUCCAAACCAAACCUUAAUUGGUGCACCCCAACUCUCACCAAACCUCAUUGCGCACCUCCAAGUUUCACAUUGUACAUAACAAACCCUAAUCUUUCAAUUCUUAACCGAAUACUCCCUCCCUGGCUUUCCUCAGAAGCUCUUUAACCACAAACUUGGUGUACACAACGUUUCUUGCUUUUCUACAUACUUUACUUGAUGGAGGUCUUUUUGAUAAUUUGUGACUCUUCAAAGAUGAUCAACACUGAUGGCUGGAUGAAGCACGGUUUUAUUGAUUGCCAGCUGGCUAUUGGGUGGCUCUUUGAUUCAAACUUGAGAAAAGUUUCAGAGGAUUUUAUUUUGGAUCAAUCCUUCUGUUAUGGUGGAGAUUUUGAGAGCUCUUCAUGGAAAGUAUAAGACCAAUCAAUCUUUCAGCCAGCAGCCAUUGGAGACUUGAUGUCAAGCUCUCUUACCAAUGACAUUAAGUUCAGUGAAGAUAAUUUCCCUACAGCCAUUGGAGACUUGAUGAAAACUUCUGCUUGGGUCAUGAUGUAAUAUGGGCAUUAAAACUUAUACCCAUGCCUCACCUUGGGUAUGUAUGCACAUGGAUACUUUUGAAAAAAAAAAGUACUGUAAAAAGGAUGUGUCUCUACAUUUUUGUUAUAGUAUUAGACUAUUAGUAGGUAUUUGAUCAUGCUUCAAGCAUAAAAAAUACAAGUCAUUUUGGGAUGGAAACUCUCAUAUUUGUUUUGUGACAUAUGCUAAGGUCAGGUGCUUAAUUAACAAAAUCAAG